AAGACCAAGCCUCAUCUUGUCUUCGUGGCAUUGUUGCCUGUAACUAAUUGCUGAGGAUGAUGAAAAAGCCCGAGUCGCGAUGUCGGCCAGUCCGCCUCCUCCGUAUAGCGCUGAUCCUCCAGAACGCUUCCAGAUCAGGCGGAAGCCCGUCCUGACGUCCCCCGCUGUCCUAGCAUCUCCAGCGCAGCCGGAGCGGCCCCGUCUGAACAACGGCGAUUCCGCCAGUUCAGGCCCACGCGAGAUCUUUCCAGGGAGAAUCCUGGACUCUCACUCUCCGCUCUAUGCAAGCCCGGUACAAAGUCGUGUCUCUACCGGCCUGCGACCCUCUUCCGCAGGCGCGAGCUCGAACGCUGGCCGUAGCGCAGUCUCAUGUCCGCCUCCUGGAGCGGAGUCAUCGACGGCGCUAUCAUUUGCCCAAAAGGCAUAUCAGGAAGCAUGUCACUUCGCCGGGGGUCUCAUCCAUCAUCCUACGGAGAGUACAAAGCACUUUACAAUUCUACGACACUCCCAUGGCAUAGUAUUCUAUCAGGGAAGCAGUACUUCCCUCGCCAUCUCGAUCUUUUCCGACGUUGCACUGCCACCUGACCGCACCAUUUGGCUCCAGAACAAGGGCUGGACAGGCAAGACGGGAAUGCGAGCCAAGGCCUUGUUUGGAUUUACUGGGGACUGGCUGGAUGUCACCCCCACAACUGCCGUCCGACCGGUGCAGUUGGAUCCUAGCGACGAGCGCGCGUGGCAGCGGGAUAUCGCGAAGUUCCGUAAGAAAGGCCCUAAAGACGUUCGGGAGCGACACCGGCUACGCGAGACGGCUGUGGUACGAAUUCCCGUCGAGGCUGGAGAUGGGUAUUUUCAGUUAGUCCUUUGCCAAGGGGAUAAGAAGAAGACCUUGUGCAAUAGCCCCGUCUUCCGUGUACUGUCGACAUCAUUAGAUCCGAGUUCGAUCAGGGGUGCCAGUCUAAGCACUUUGCCGCUGGAACUGGGUGUGAUGGCCUUGAGCUCAACGGCAAGAAGUGCUUUUAGCACAGCGGUCCAACCUGUGACGACAGCGCUGCAGAAUACCGUCCAGGGUGCGGUCCAGCGAGCCCUCCCUUCGUCCGCAGACCAGAUAGCAGCGUCUGCGCUCCUUGAUUUGACUGGAAUACAGGACAAAGUAACCUCUGUAGUUGACGGCAAUGAUGACGACGAGAAUGACGACGACCAGGCCAACACAUCUCUAACCACUGGUGGAGGACUGCCGGAUGUCUCACGGGGUCCGCAGCCACCGUUUCCGCUCUACUUUGUUGCUCGCUGUGAAGGCCCUACCAUGAACCAAAUCCAGUUUCCGAGUGGCCUGGCGAUGAACCUCAGCGGUCUAUCGGAUUUACUCGCUCGAAGACUAUACGGUCACUACUUCGGUUGGGUCCGCAUUCUUCGCAAGUCCGAGAAGGAGAAAGCUGCAGGAGGCACCUGGUAUCAAGCUUUGAUCAGCGCGUCGCAAGUGGAUGUUUCGCAACUGGAUCGUGUAAAUGUGGCCCGUGUUAUAAAGAAGCGAUUCACUCUUCGCCCAGUUGUCGAUAGUGGAGAUAUCCCAUUUUCAGGUGAGAAGCUCGAAGUGCAGGUGAUGGGAUUCAUUCGUCCGGACGAGCCAGUCAAGCUGCCCGCCGCGGAGAAAGGAACGAACAUUAGUGAUCAAGAAUCCUUUGAUGCUGCGCUUCUUAAGGAAGCCUCAGACAUUUCUAUUGCACAGCACGCUCUAGGCCAUCCUGCUUGGAGCCCUGAAGUACUCUUCCGCGGUAGCAGUCAGGAAGAGAGACUUGGUUGGCUUGAUAGAGCCAAGAAUGGUUUUGUGUCCACAAAGACGACAGUAGAAAGGCAUAUAGAGCGAGUUCCCCUGCGCAGACUCGGUGUUCGCGUUGGGACAGAUGAGUUGAAAGACAAGGCCGUGGCAGCAAAUGGUUUCUAUGUCCCCAGGUGACAAAUCGUUCCAUUGGAGACGGGUCUGUCAUUUUUUGUUCCAUUAAUCUUCUAUCAUGUGUGUAUAGUCUUCUCUUAAUGUAAUUUUGUUUAAUACUACACCUAUCUACUGUCGAAUCCUGAUGCACGAAAGCAUGGCUCUUUAUAUGAAUACCAAGAGAUAAAGCUCGUAUGAAAAGGGUUCAUAAAUGCUGUGCA